UCGGUGAUAUUUUCUUGCACUUGUGUCAGCGAUUGUCACCUUAUCAGUCCUCGUUGCUUGGCUGGGGAAAGAAGGUGGUGAAAAGGCGAGUGCGGAGGAUUUUAGUUAUUGGAUGGGGAGUUUAAGUCUGUCGGGAUUCCGAUGUAGUUUCAGGGACAGUGGGAGGGAUUCAACUUGAAGUUUAAAUCAAGGAUCAGGGUUCCAAACAAAAGUUAUAGUUUCAAGCCAUCUUUAGAGCUUCUAAUCAGUGUUUCAAGCCAUGCUAAGGAAUUCAAAUUGAGGGUUCAAAGCAGGCUUAAGGUAGAAUUAAACAUUAUUCAUUAAACAUUUCAAAUGGCCAUGUCAAAUGAGGGUUGGGUUUUGAAGAAGGGUUGCAAUUAGGGUCUCGAAGUUGGGUUUGUACUUUAGGGUCUCGAAGUUGGGUUUGUAGUCAGGGUUGCGUGUUGCUAUGGUGACGCUUUUUUCUGGCCGCUCUCUCCUUCCACCUGUCAGACGAAGCUCUUAAAUGUAGCGCCCCCUGGUUCAGUUCGUGGAAAGACGCGCUGACGGAGGCGUGCGCCUCCAAGCAUUUCUCAGAUUUGGGAGAUGGUCUUCUGUCCAGAUCCUCUGACAGCCUCCUCUUCUCCCAAGAUCUCCUCGAGUUGUGUUCCCCUCAGAUGAUUCUCCCAGAUGACCCUUUCCCAAGAUGCUCCUGUUCCCCCAGAUUUUUCCUAAAAGUUGCUUUUCCAGAUCUGCCAAGACUGCUGAUCUUGAGAUUUCUGCCGAUAUAUAUUUUUUAAUCACACUCUUAAAAUUGGGCCCUCUUCUUGAAAAGCUUGUUCUCUUUGAGUCAAGAUGUCCUAAGUCCCUUAUUUGCCAGUCUGCUUUUUCUCCCUAAAUCAUCCAACUCUUCCAAGAUCCUCCUUUUUCAAGAUAUCUGUCCUUCGAUCAAUGAGUUGUUCUCACUUUUGUCCUAGUUCAAAUCCUUCCAGAGUUCUGAAGCCGCCUGCGAUUUCUCUCCGCUGUGUGUUCACCGUCACCACUUUUUGUCUGCCCAGCGAGCACGCCCUGGUUCGAGGUCUACCGGGAGAAUUUCCUUCAGUCCAUGCCGGCCUCUGACCACGAGUUCCUCAACCACUACCUGGCCUGCCUGCUGGUGGUGUCGUCGGGAGAGGCGGCGCCGGUAGAGCAGUUUGUCAAGCUGUCGCAGGAGCAACACCGCAUCCAGCACAGCGGAGACUUCACCAAGCCCAAGUGGUUCAUCCCCAACACGCUGAAGUACUACGUACUGCUGCACGACGUGGGCCAAGGCGACGAACGACGGGCCGAGGCCGUCUACGAGGACAUGAAGCAGCGCUACGGCCCUCAAGGCUGCUACCUUCUCAAGAUCAACUCGCUCGUCGCCGAGCAGGAGGAACAGAUUCAUGACUUGUGGACUCACUACCUGCGCAGCCAGGAUCAAGCGGACGAUAAUGUUGGUCCUGCUGUGAGCUCUUCGGUGGAUAAAAGCGGCAGCACAACACAGGAGCCUUCUGCAGACACAGGUGGCCGUCUGGAGCAGGACUCGGCCAGCGCCUCAAGGGAGGCAGACAUUACGGCAGGGGGCCACGGCGCGUGUCUGACCCUCAGCGACCACGACCGCAUCCGCCAGUUUGUCCAGGAGUUCACCUUCAGAGGCCUGCUGCCUCACAUCGAGAAAAACAUCAGGCAGCUCAACGACCAGCUGGUGUCCCGAAAAGGCUUGAGUCGCUCCCUCUUCACAGCCACCAAGAAGUGGUUCGGUGGCGGCAAAGCGCCCGAAAAAAGCGUCAGCGAGCCCAAGAGCACCGGCGGCCUCCUCUACCCCCCAGAGGCCCCCGAGCUGCAGAUCAGGAAGAUGGCCGACCUGUGCUUCCUGGUGCAGCACUACGAGCUGGCCUACAGCUGCUACCACACGGCCAAGAAGGACUUCCUGUCGGACCAGGCCAUGCUUUACGCCGCCGGCGCCCUGGAAAUGGCCGCCGUCUCGGCCUUCCUGCAAGGCGGAGCCGUGCGCCCAUAUCCUGCCCACUACAUGGACACAGCCAUCCAGACCUACAGAGACGUCUGCAGGAACGUGGUGCUGGCCGAGCGCUGCGCUCUCCUCAGCGCCGAGAUCCUCAAGAGUCAAGCAAAAUACUCGGAAGCGGCUGCGCUGCUCAUCAAAAUGACCAGUGAGGACUCAGACCUGCGUAGCGCUCUGAUGUUGGAGCAGGCGGCCCACUGCUUCAUAAACAUGCGCACUCGCAUGCUGCGCAAGUUUGCCUUCCACAUGAUUCUGGCGGGUCACCGCUUCAGCAAAGCGGGCCAGAAGAGGCACGCACUGCGGUGCUACUGCCAGGCAAUGCAGGUGUACAAGGGCAGGUCGUGGUCCCUGGCCGAGGACCACAUCAACUUCACCGUCGGGCGCCAGUCGUUCACGCUGGGCCGGCCCGAGAAGGCCGCGCAGGCCUUCAAGCAGAUCCUGACCAACGACAGCCGGCAGACAGCCGCGCAGCAGGGCGCGUUCCUCAGGGAGUACCUCUACGUUUACAAGACGGUGAUCAGCCGGAGUGGCGUACGUCUACCUCAGCUGCCGCUGCCAUGCAUCCAUGGCGCUGCCACCAGGGUCUACUUUGGGCACGAGCGCCGCCUAGCCGAGGGUGAGAAGCAGGCUGCCACGCAUGUGUCACUGGACCAGGAGUAUGACGCCGAGCAGGCAGCCAUGUGGUGCAAGCUGGAGGAGCAGCUGGUGGCUGCUGCCAAUCGAGGGGUGGUCCCCGCCAACUUUCAGCCCAGCCAGUGCUACCUCAACAGCCAGACGGACAAUCUGCGCCACCCGCUGGCCGUUGUGGAAGAGCCGGUGGUGGUGGAGGUGGUGUUCAGGAACCCUCUGAAAGUUCCGCUGGCGCUAUCUCGCCUCUCGCUGGUCUGGAAGUUUACGCGCGACACCCACGCUGCUGCCGCCGCGGAGGACGCCGGAGAAGAACUCGUCAGCAACCAGGACACGUUGGAGCAAGAGUCAAGGCAGACAGAUGAUGUGCUCACUACCGAGACCAUCCUGGACUUCCACUUGGCCCCCGAGGAAACCAAAAUGGCUCGACUCAGGGUGCUGCCGCACCGGACGGGCUGCCUGAGUAUCACGGGCGUGGUCUAUGACCUGGCUGCUGCAUCCCCGGCGGAGACGCCGGACGACGAUGACGGUAACAAGAAGGCGCCUGACCAAACCUUUGCUGUCCGUCAGUCACGUGAGAUCCCACACGCCGCUCCUCUCACAGGGCUGCUGAAGGCCGAGACAAUAAUCGUCAGCGGCAAGCAGGACCUGAAGAUCAGAGGCCCGCGACUCAAUCACACCAAAGAGGACAAGAUGUUUGUGCGCUACGGACCCGACCGGCGCUUGGAGCCCAUCGUUACGCCACCGAUGCCCCUCAUGGAGGUGUUCUUCCUGCAGUUCCCGACAGCGCUGCUGUGCGGCGAGAUCCGCAAGGCGUACGUGGAGUUCUGCAACGUGAGCGGCGUGUCCCUAUGCGGCCUACGCGUGGCGUCCACUCACCCCGAAUUCUUCACAUUCGGGAAUCCGUCGGCCGGCACGCCGCUGACGCCGCUUAGCCCCGCCUCUGCCGAGAACUUCUCGGCCUACAAAACCCUGGCGGCGGCACCCGGGUCCGGCGCGGCCUGUGAGACGCUGGUGUCUGCCGACGACUUUGGGCCCACGUCUGACGUGGUGGACGUCCCUGUCGGCGGCACGCUGGAGCCAGGACAUUCCGUGCAGCUCCCGCUCUGGCUGCGAGGACCUGACCAGGAAGGAGUCCAUGAGAUCAACUUCCUCUUUUACUAUGAAAGCCCAGACAAACGAAGCAAGAUCAGCCACCGGGUGGUUCGUCACUCGGUGUUUAUUUGCGCCAGUCGCUCUCUCAGCGUUCAAGCGUCGGCCCACGCCAGCGCCAUACCUCCUCAGCAAGGACAGGACCAGGAUGGCGGCAGCACGCUGGUCUUCAUCGAUGUUGAAAACAUAAACACGAGCGACGCUGGCGUGCGCGAGUUCCACAUCGUCCAAGUUUCCAGUGGCAGUCAACACUGGAGCCUCAGCAAGUGCAUCAACCCGGCCAAGGAUAAAGACUGCAAAGUAAGCAGCAAAGAGCGAGCCAAGCUUUGUUUCAGAGCAGCACCGUGCAAAGCUCGCCGAGCUUCCUUGGACCGCGCCGAGAUGUUCACCUUUGCCGAUGUCAAUCUGAGUGACGAGCGGAUCGUAAGUUCGGCCACGCCCUGCGGCGACUUCUUUUUCCGCUGCCGCCGGACGUCCAAGGCUUGCCGUGCCGACGCCUGCUCCUCGGGGUCAAGGACGCCCUCCGGGGGCAGAAGCCUGGGCGAGGACUUGGUCCGCGUGGUCAACGAGUGCGACCGGCUGGACCUCAACAUUAUUGUCAUCUGGAAGGCUUACGUGGUGGAGGACAGCAAGCAGCUGAUCCUGGAAGGUCAACUCCACGUGGCGCUGCAGGCAGUGGGCGAAGAGGCCACUUCCCUCGCUCCCAAGCAGGACACUCAGGAGAUGGUUCUGCUCAAGUUCAAGUCGGAUCCGCCACCUCCCGCCGUGCCGCCAUCCACGCAACUCUCACGACUCAUCAAGAGCAACCUGCGCUACUCGGAGACAUACGCGCAUGACUUUGCACACGACAGUGUUUGUGUGGUUCCCGUUUGUUUGGUUUUGUCCAACUGCUGCCGGACUGAUGUGGAUAUCACAGUAGACCUCAGGCACAAAACCACCAGUUCUGAGUGGAGCGAGUGCGCGUGUAGCUUCACCUGGGUUGGCCAGACCCGCUACCGGCUGGCGCUUUGUCCCCGGCAGACGCGUCACCUGGAGCUGCAAGCCUGCUUCCUCAUGCCCGGUGUCUACAACAUCAACACGCACGCAGUCUGCGCCGCGCCGUGCCUCGAUGGCCAUCACCGUGACGACGCCAACGCCCAAACGGAGGUUGCGCAGCACGGCGCCGGACCAGCACUUAUUGUCAUCACCGACAGCAGCCAAUGACAUUGCCGCAACACGCACCGCAAGGGCCAACGUGAAGAAGAACCCAAAAGGGAGGCUAGUGUCCUGGAUUUUCAUAAGGAGCUUUCAUGCGACCACUAAAACUGCAGUGUGCGUGCGUGCCACCAGAUGACAGCAUUAGUUGUUCCUUUGGGUCUCAUCAAGGUCAGCUUCAAUUGACAUUUGGGAAGUUGCAAGGUAAAAGAAAAAAAAAAAAGCAAUGUGGUUCACUUUUGACCAAGAAACUGAAAAAGUGCAGCAUGUCUUAAAUGUUUGACGAGCCCUCCCCAUGAAUGCUGCGGGAUGCCGCGAUCAUGUAAUCGGUGCCGGUGUCCGAGCGCGGCAAACUCAGAUUAGAAAGCGAACAAUCUUGAGUUUUGUUUUUAAAUCUGACAAUGGCGCCACCUUUUGUGUUUAUGGUGUAUUAUAUUUAUAACACUUAUCAUGUACAUAGAAAAUAAACCAACUAAUUCUCCA